UAUAUGUUUAAAGAUAAUCUAAUUCUCAUGUGGAACUAAGUUCCCCCCGUAACAUGAUAUUCUGCAGUGUUUAAAGGGAAAAGAUGUCAUUAAUUGUAUUUCAGUACAUAUUUUCAUCCUUUAAAAACUUUUCACUGGAUUAAAGAAACAGUUUGAAGAAAGCUGUCUUCAGUUAGAGACUUUUAGAAAGAGAUGUUUUCCUUUCAUGAUAAUGUAGCACAAUGAAGGCCGAUUAUGAUGCCUUUUUGAUUUGCAAUCCCAAAGGGGAGGAUAGAGAGUUUGCAGAUCAGUUAGUGGACACAAUGCAAGAUUCCCCAUAUAACCUGAAAAUCUGUGUGCCUUGGAGGGUCACUGACGGACGUUGUAAUGCUAGGGACUGUAUCAGAGAAAGAUGCAGAUGCAAACGAUGUAUUGUGAUAUUGUCAAGCAACUUCUACAAAAGCGAGGAAGCGGUUUCUCAACUUGAAUUUGCUUAUAGUUUGUCACCAGGUUUUAAAGAGAGACUGAUUCUUCCCAUCUGCCUGAACAUAUGUGAAGUUCCAAGUUAUCUUCAACAGAUUUCAAAAUUAGAGCUUUAUAAUAUGAAUGCUCGUAAAUGGUUGUGGGAACGACUUUACCUUUCACUGAUAUCACACAAAAACAAAGCACCCGAGAAACAAACCAAAAACUUGCCCGAUGUUGUCAAAUCAGCAAAUAUUAGAAAUUAAUCGUUGAUACGUGUUUUAUAUGAAGUAUUCCUUGUGAUUUAUUAUUAUUUCCCCGUUCCGAAGGAAUGGAGGUAUACUGUUUUAGCCUAUCUUGUUUGUCUGUCCGUUCUUCUGUCUAACUGUCCAGUUGUCCAGUUGUCUGUCUGUCAGUAACAAUUAAAUUUUCGGUCGCAGUUUCUCAGCAACUCUGCAUCGCAGUUGUUGAAAUUUUAGCACACUCUUUGUUAAAAAAAACUAUGCGGUGAAACUUGUUCAUUUUAUUCAUUAAAACAUGACUCGUUU